AUGGAUGGUUUGCAAGGAUCCAGUACGAACGUUAACCGGAAACGGAGGAGCAAUUUCCUAACGCUGGUGGAGAAGGUUCGCAUAAUUGAAGAUUUUGAAGCAGGAGGUGGUACGCAUGACUUUCUUGGGAAGAAGUACGGCGUAGGAUCUUCUACGGUCACGAGAAUAAUCCAAAAGAAAGAAGCAAUUCGUGAGGCGGUGGACAAGUUCAAGGAAUAUGGUGUAAAUAAUCGAAAAACAUUGAAAGAGCAGACGUUCCCUUUGCUGGAAGAAGCUAUUUACAUCUGGAUUUUACAGCAGCGGCAGUCCAACAUUUUGUUGACAGUGGAUAUUCUUAAAGCAAAGGCGGAGCUGCUGUUUAAGAUGUUCCAGGACCGGGGGCUCUAUGCGGUGCACGGUUUUUCUGCUUCGGAUGGCUGGAUGCAUCGUUUUAAGCAGCGGUUUGGAUUGCGCGUGAAAGCCGUAACAGGAGAAAAGGCAUCGGUAAACGUUGAAGCGUACCUAAAUUUCAAGAAGGUUCUACAGAAGAAGAUUCAGGAAAUGCAGCUAUCACUAUCCCAAGUCUUUAAUGCAGAUGAAUCUGCCUUGUUCAUCAAGCUCCUAGCCACACGCUCUGUCGUUACCUGUAAUGAGACCGUGAUGGUUCCCUAA